GGGCUGCCGUCUUCAGGAUCUCUCACAAACACACGAGAACCUUGUCGAGAUGAUACAUUGAAGGAACUGUUUUUUUUUUUUUUUUGUUUGUUUGUUUUGUUUGUUUGUUUGUUUUUUAUCUGUAAAUCGCAAACUAAAUUUUAUGAAACUAACUGUUUAAAUUAAUUGUUCGUUCGUAUAAUCUUUUGUCUUUCUGUCAAUUGGGCUGCCUAAAAUGUUGUUGUAUUAGCCGCAAAUGUAAGUAGCCUAGGUAUUCUGUAUGUUAAACCUGCAUGAUCCACAUUUUGUCCCGUUAUACACUGAUUGUUUGUGGCUGAUUCUAUCUGGAGGUGAAAAACUCAAUAAUAAUGUGGACCGGGUCUGGACUCGUGUUGCUAAUCGGCAUAGUUGUGAUCAAAGUUCACUCUGCUUACAAAGAUGAGCAGUGUCCACGACAAGAGCCCCCUCCUGGAGUUUUGGUAUUGAAGUUGGGAAGCAAUGUUGUGCUUGGCUGCAGGGGUGAUGUCACUGUGGAUGAUGUGCCAUUGGUUUUGGCCACUGUAAUGAAUAAAAAACACAGAAAUGGGUGGAAAGAAGACAUAAAUGUCAGCUGGUCAACCCAAAGAGAAAAAGUAUUCACUGGUGUUAAUGCUACACAUCAGACCACUAUCAAGGGAGUUUCUACAACUGGAACAAACCAAAAGCUAGUUGAUUCAAGUAAAUGUACCAAAGCUAAAGAGGACACAGUGAUCACUGUUAAACCCCCAGUAUCCAUGAGGGAGGAACAAACCACUUCAAGGCGUGUUUCACGUGCUGUCAAUCAACCCGCCCAGUCAGAGAGAUCAGAUGGAGCCGGAUCAGAAGAAGAGGCAUUUCCUGUUACCAUGGGGACAGAAAACGUUUCUGAGGAUGAUGAAUAUGAGGACUAUUAUGAAGAGGAUGGGUCCAGAGUGACAAGAAGCAUCAAAACGCGAACACGCUGGACCCUGAAUGGUCGACAAUUACGCGUGGGAGUGGAAAGGGGAGGGAUUUUAAAACUUCUUAAUCUCAGCUUUGCCAAUGGUGGUAAUUACAGUUGUUACAGAGGAGAGAGACUGAUUUCAACCGUCAAAAUCAGCGUUGGGGUGCCCCCAGAGGAGUCCUCUACUGUCUCAUGCUAUAGGAAGUCUCACACAAGCAAGGUCCGCUGUGACUGGUCAUCAAAACAACCAAUAAUCCCACGACCGCUGUGUUAUUUACUCCUUAAAAGAAGAAAGUUUGGUAAUGUCACACGUGUACCUUGUUCAUUCUCCCGUUUGCGGUGUUGGUGUGCUUUUCCUGUGGAGGAGGGUGACAAAAAUCGUCAUGAGGCAAAUCUGUGUGUGACGAACAUAGCAGGCAAUACCACCAUCAGUGCAAAAUCAUUUAAGCUACAGGACAUCAUUAAGCCAGAUCACCCAACCAACGUUGUGGUGAGAGCAAUUGAGGGCCAGAAAAACACACUUAAAGUGUCCUGGACUUAUCCCAGUACCUGGAGGCAUGGCUACUAUAACCUGAAAUUCCAGUUAAGAUACCGACCACUACAGGCACAAGAGUAUCAGUCACAGUCGGUGGGUGAAAGUUGGGACAGACUGCUGUCCUGGAUGAUUUUUGAUGCUCUGCCAGAUACUCAGUAUGAGGUGCAACUUUGUGCCAAGGAUGAGUUUGAAGGCAUCUGGAGUGACUGGACUGACCCUGUCUUUGCACACACUUGGUCAGCUCCUGAGACUGCUACUGCCCCUGAAAGCAACACUUUGGGAUCCUUCGAGAUGUAUCCUGAAGGAUCAGGUGGAUCUGGAGAUGACCCUGAUAUAGGUUCAGUGGUAAUAGCUGCUGAUAAUGAAAAUUAUACAAUGAGACUGUACGUGUCAUGGGUUUUUGGGCUGUGUUUUCUUGUAGGCCUCACCAUGCUCUCAGUCUAUCUCUUCAGGCAUAGGCUACAUUUGGUUGCUAGAAUUGGAAAACAGAUUUUGCCCUUUUCUUCCCUCCCUCGUUCCUCUCCCCCUCCCCCUCGUCCUCAUCCUCCCCCUGCACUCACUGAACAGCUUCGAGAGGAGGAAAGGUCUCUGAUGACUCCUCUCGAGCACAGCCAGCAUCACUUCCUUCCUGUUCCUCAAGAGGAUGAGGAGGGCAUUCACCUGGAUAACAUGGACUAUUUCCUGUCUCAAGGAGUUGAGGGUGUGCCAUGGAUUGUCGGCUCUUCUACACAAGAGACAUGAAUAAAAAAGCAAAACCUCUCUGUAGUGAAUACACUGCGAUUCAAUAAGGACUAAGAAGGAUCUCAGUCUUUUGAUCUUUAACCCAUUAUAUCUCAGUGUUAUUAUUUUGUAAGUAUUGUUUUUUGGAAGUACAGUAUUAUUACUUUGUAAAAAAAAAAAAAAAAAAUGUAUGCUGAGUGAUAAUGUAUAGACAAAGCAACUCUCACAGCCAACUCUGAUCUGUUGUGUUAUUGAUAAUUUUUGACUAUAUACUAUCAAAACAAUUUCUACAUUUUUGCCUUUUUUGACCAUUGCAGCCUCAUAUGUGAAGCACUUUUUAUGUUCCUCUGAAUAAGAAUGUCUUCUAAAAUGCCUUUAUAUGAAAAUAAGCUUUUGCAAUUAUGUCUGGACAAUUCUACCUAAAAUGGAAAUCACCUAUUGAGAGUGGUAGCCUUGCGGACAACUGAUUAGAGGUGACCAACUGGAGAAUAACUGAGAUCCCUUUCAUCAUUAUGUAUAACAGUAAAAAUAUAUUCCAUUCUACUCAACGGAAACUGAACUACCAGUGUUUUGCUUGUGCUUUUUAUAAAAAUUUUAUGAAAAUGGCACAGAACAAUGCAUGAUGUGCAGUGUUUCGCUGUUUAUAAUGUUUGUUUUUAGAAUAUGUUUGUAAUGAAAUUUGUUCCACCAAAGAUCUAGACCAUCAAACAAUUUCAGGGGUGUCAUGUUUGUUAGAGAAGAUCCUCUAAAUUUGAACCUCAUAGUAACAUUUAGCUGAAGAACCUGUGCAUGUCUAUCUUAAAGGACAAGAACCAAAAGGCUUCACUUGGAUUUGAAGUGUUCUGCUGAAACUUUUCUGUCUGGAGGACAACCAGUCUGUGUGUUUUGCUUGUCAAACAUCAAAAACACAUAAAAAUCAUGACCUCUGUUUCAUUGAUAAGGUAAGAGAAAACUAUUUCAAAAAGGCAGUCACAAGAAAAGUAAGUCGUAUGACUGUGCAUCUAGUUGACCUCUGGACAAUAAAACUGAUGUCUGUGUGUUUUGAUAGAGAUCCUUCUAGAUCUUACUGUUGCUCUUAUAAAAUCUACAUCAGGGGCCUGUUGCCUAAAUGUGUUUUAGACUAGUUAGUUGUUAGUUAAUACUGGUAUUAUUUUUUUUCAGUCAGUGGCAUUAAUUAAUCUGAGACCAAAUUGUAAGGCUACACACCCCUAGGCUAACUUAGAUAUGUGCUCUUAUUUUUGCACAACAAGCAAGUAAUGUAAUUGUUUUUUGUUUACGUGACUUGGGUGAUCAUUCACCUAAAAAGGAAAGUUUUCUUUUAAUUUAGUCACACUCAUGCCAUCCCAGAUGUGUGACUUUCUUCUGCAGAACACAAAUGAAGAUUUUUAAAAGAAUAUUUCAGCUUUGUUGGUCCUCACAAUGCAAGUAAAUGGUGGCCACUGGCCAGAACUCUGAAGGUCCAAAUUUCAGAAAAAGGCAUCAUAAAAGUAACUCAUAAGACUCCAGUUGUUUAAUCUCUAAUGUCUUCUGAAGCGAUCCAAUCAGUUUUGGGUGAGAACAAUGCAAAAUGUAAAUAAUUUUUUACUGUACAGGUUGCCAUUGCAGUGUCUAGGCACGAUCAUGAUAUCUAGCUCGAUUACACAUCCUUGUGCUUGAAGCAUGUGCAGAGCGCUAGAUGGUGCUAAAGGAAGUGUAAUCCAGCUUGAAAUCACGAUCGUCAAGGAGACUGCUGUAAAGUUUUUGGGGAAAAAGGAGUUACAUUUUGCUAUGUUCAUGCAAAAUAAUAGCUGUAUUAGACCAAGUUCCAAAUAGUUUAAAAUGGUAUGCAUACUUUAUAAAAAAAAUGAGUUAAAAAUGUUUUAGAGUGAAAUAUACAGUAUGGUAUUUCAUUUGUACAAACUCAUUUUUUACAUGCCCUUUAAAGUAGCCUUAUCAGUAGCCCAUGGACAUCAAAUCUUUGUUACAACUGUGCCUCAGACUAUUGCUUAAAAAGUCUUCCACAGUUUAAAAAGGGUUCAAGAUUGUGUUAAGGUCUUGUUCAGUUUUGCAACUGUAUGUGCUGGACAUGUAUGUUUGUCGGUUCUAAGAGCAUUUUUUGGAUGUUCCAGAGAUUGUGCACCUAAAUUAUAUGUCAUCUGGACUGAGUGUAAAUGUAUUGGAAUCCUAGUGAGCAUUAGAAGCCAACGUCUAUUUCACACUUUCCUUCAGGGCAUUCCUAUCUGCAAACGGAACAGGUAUAGGCUCCUAGACAACCCUUCAG